AUGUCUGCAAAAUCAAUACCUUCCGAAUGGGACUUAACAUCAGAUGAAAUAAAAUUAAUACAAAAACGUGCACAGCUACGUGCUACAACGAAAGCAGAAUUUCUAAAACGCUACAGAAAUCCAUUCUAUCAAAGUGUACCAGGACAUUUUGUUGAUCCACAAAAUAUUCGUCUCUAUGCAUAUCAACAAAAUAGUUAUCGUUAUUUAUAUUCAUCACCAAGAAUACUUCUUGCACCGGCACUUUUUCUUCUAGUUGGCGGAUUUUUACAAUAUUUUACACAAAAAAAACGUAUUCAAUAUAACAACGAUUGUAACGCAGGAAAAAUUCCAUAUGCCAAUCGACCAGACUUUAAUUCAUAUCUUUGA